UAUAAAAAUAAAUUAUAUUUUUAAAUCCGCCUCCAAAAAUGCAAACAACUAAAAUUUCAAUGUCUUCUCUUGCCGCAAUUUUAAUUUUAAUUUGUUCUUUGUUGGCUUUAAAUUUUGUUAAAGGAGAACAAAAUAAUGAACAAAAGGCAAAUCUAGCCAACGAAGACUUGGAACAAUUACUAGAAAAACGAUUUUCUCCCAGGCAAUUUGCCUUUGCCAAAAGAGGAAUGAGGAAUUUUGCUUUUGCAAAACGUUCAUUUGGUGAUAAUCCUUUUGGAAGUAGAACAUUUGCUUUUGCUAAAAGAGCUGCUGAAAAUUUUGAUGAAAAUAAUGAUAUCAAUAAACGUUCAAGCCAAUUUGGAGGAGAAAACAAUUUUGCCAGAUUUGCUUUUGCAAAGAAAAGUUUAAGAAAUUUUGCUUUUGCUCGUUGAUAUUUUAAAUUAAAAUUAAAUUGAUUUUUAAAAGAGAUUAAAAAAAUUAUUGGAUUAAAAAAAAGAAAAAAUAUUUUUUUUAUUAAUUUUUUGUGUGAUUUUUUCUUUUCU